AUGUCUUACUACGCACUUUUCAUUGCUCUUACGCUUUUUACAGCAGUUUCACAUGGUAAACCAACAACAUUUCGAGGAAAUCAACCAAAACCAUGUUGUGUACCCAACCAAUUUAGUGCUCUUAUCAGUUCAUCGACUGUCGGCGAAAUACCAAAUGCUGAAACGGUGGCUACUUAUGGUGUUUUUAAUAUUUCAUACGAUUUAAAUCGUGAUAUGGUUGCAGCGAAGGGUAUAGCUUAUUCAGUAAUAGACCAAAAGAACUUAAGUCUAUGGCUUAUUGAAAAUAUUGCUGAAAAACAAAGUUAUACAAUAGAUUUAGAUACAAAAGAAUGUGUAAAAGAACCAGUUCUAAUUCAAGCAUUUCGUUGCAUACCGGAAUCUGCAACUUAUUUAUAUUCAUCUAUGUAUGGUUACGAUAAUAACCAAUUUAAAGGAGAUACAUGGUAUGUAGAAGAUAAGGAUCUAGUUAGUUUUGUAACUGUUAGUGGCGACGGUAAUUGUCUUCUAGUCGGUGCUAAUACUUUUGUUGGGAAUCCUCGUAUAGUGAAUUCUGUAACAAUUUCAAAUUAUGUACCAAAAAUUAAUGAUCCAAGUAUAUUUGAUAUUCCAGACGAGUGUAAAAAUGCUGUUUAG